GUCAAACUGUCAAACGUAGUUGUGAUAUUAAAAACAAAACAUCAUUUCUUAAAAAAUCAUAUAUCUUGAUUUUCAAAAUGAACCAAAUGAAUAUGCACGUCCCGAUGAAUACCGUAGGUGGUCAACCUAAUGUUGGUAUGCAAAUGCCAGUUGCCGGGCCUAUCAUGCAGCAACCUUCUCCACAACAAAUGCAACCAGCUAUGUCUCAACAAACACAGCAAGAUAAAAUGGACAAUAUUUCUAAAGUUAAAACUCUAAUGGGUUCACUUCGUGAAGCAUUGACGAUGAGCUUAAAAACUGGGGCGCAAAUACUACAUCAAAAUCAUUGCGCUGAUUCCAACCCACAAAAAAGUCUUGAGAGUCCUGUGCCAAGGUUUGAUAAAAACUUAGAGGAAUUCUUCUCACUCUGUGAUCAAAUGGAAUUACAUUUGCGAACCGCAACGACGUGCAUCCAACAAGCGCAGUCCGCAGCGCACUACCUGCCGCUCACAGUCAACACAUCGAGACUUGACAGCGGACCACCUACACAAGAUACCCAGCUAACGUAUCCGCAGUAUCUUAACACGGUCCGUCUUCAAAUAUCCUAUGCCAAGGACAUCCAUGACACACUUGUCGCUGCAGCACAAAACAUCUCCACCGACUGACCCGACAGGAAUUAAAACAAAUUGUAAUAUGAAAAUCUAUUCAUAAUUAAUAAGUGUAAUCUGUAAAUUAUAAUUCUUUGGUAAAGUACAAAACAGGGCUGUAUUAACUAAAAUGGGCGCCCGCGUGCAAAAAUCAGUCUGACGACUAAAAGAAGUACUGCCAUUGGCCGGCGCCCGCUACAUUCCGACGUUAGGGCGCCCUUUCAGCAUGGCGCCCGGGCGGAGGUUAUUAAUGCCUUGUUAAGAAUAUCUGAACUUAAGAUACUUAAGUUAUAGUAAUAAAUUGUUUAAAUAUUACAAA